CGCGUACUCAAAAGUCCGUUUACCUACUACAUAUAUAAAAGUGCGCCCGUAAUAACAUCAUUUGUAGUUUGUACUCGUUCUCAGUGAAAGGUUGUUGUGUUUACUACGUAUUCGCUGUUAAGAGCUUGUUUAUUCCGUUUUUAUCAGAAACUAAAGCUUUAAGAGCAACAAUGGAGGUACAAUUUAAAGUCUAUACAUUUUGGAAUGAGAAUGAUAAGCCAGAAGUGAGAAGAUUUGGGAUAGACAAAAGUGUUGUAACUAGCUUUCAGUAUUUGAAUGCUAAGCUUCAAGAUAUUUUUCCUAAAUUGAAAGGAAAAACAUUCUCCGUGCUUUGGAAAGAUGAAGAAGGUGAUGAUGUGAUGAUUUCAUCGGAUGAUGAAAUAAUGAUUGCACUGACAUCAAUGUCUGAUGAUCUUAAAAAGCUCUAUGUCUACUGCAAAGACCCUGGAGAACAGCAUGAUGAGUGUGAUAUUGUAAUUACUUCAGUAGCUGGUAAUGGACAGAGCAGUAGCAAUGUCAUACACAGUGGUGUGGUGUGUGAUGGUUGCGACUCUCCAGUAACUGGUUUCCGCUACAAUUGCACUUACUGUGAUGACUAUGACCUGUGUUCCAAGUGUGAAGCAGCAGGAAUGCAUCCAGAACACUGUAUGGUGCGAGUACCAGUACCUACUUUGCCACGCCCCAUGAUCAAAGCUGCUGUAAAAAGGUCGCGUUAUUUCUUAAAAUCAUUACGCACGGUUGAAGAGCAAUGUAAGAAACAACGUCAUGAGGGCGAAAAACAGCGUGAGCAUACCCAUGGUCAUGGUCAUGGUCACGGUCACGGUCACGGUCAUCGUCGCCAAGGGCGCGAUGACCACCGCCGUAAACAUAUCAGCUGGCUUGAUAUCUUUGCCUCAUCCUUAAAUGAAUUCUCGAACCCCGCCGGUGAUAUCCGUGGUGCGGCUCAAACCAAUCCAGGUAACCAGGAAAAUGUAGGGCAGAACGCAGCAAAGUCCCAAGAAGCUACCUCUAGUGCUGCAUCAGGCGAAAACCCAAAACCUCCCCAAUGUCCCUUCACAACUGACAAAAAAGCCUAUAUUGAAAAUUUUAUAAGGGAUUACGUGUUGGGAAUACCCAAGCCAUCAACAUCUAAGCCGGAUGUAGAAAUCGGGCAGGGUGAUAGAAAGACAGAGAAAAAUGAAAAGCCUGAUGAGGCCAUGUCAAAAGCAGCUGAAGAUUCUACGUCCAAGCCAGCUGAAGAUUCUAUGUCCAAGCCAGCUGAAGAUUCUACGUCCAAAGCAGCUGAAAGCAACAAAGAUGAAUCUCCUGAUAGAACUGAUGGCUGGACUGUGAUUAACGAAGAUGUGAUGGAAACAGAUGCAAAGGCGACUGUACCAGAGCGUCCCAUUGGCUUUAACUUGCCUGAAGAGUUCCAAGAACGAGUGCGCAUUAGCGAAGGGCAGAGUCUCUACCCGCCUCUUAACACUGCGACUGCUGUGAUGAAUCCCAAAGAAGCUGUGAUGGACCAAGCAGCAAAGCCCAGUGCUCCGGAAGAACCUGAAAAGGAAGCCACAAAGCCUAAGGUGGCUGAAUCGAAACCCAAGGAUGCCAAGCCUGAGACUGCUCGUCAUCCAAUUGCUCACAUUCAAGCAGCUCUAGAGCAGAUGAUGUCAAUGGGUUUCACCAACGAAGCUGACUGGCUCACACAGCUCCUUGAGACCAAGGAUGGCAACAUUUCUGCAGUCCUUGACUUGCUUACCCCCACUAACCCUAAGAAGUAAAUGCCACCUGGCAUAUAAACUUCAUUAUAUUAAUAAUAUUAUGUAUGCUAAUUCUAUUCCUACAGUAAUAUAAGUAGGGUGCUUCUUAAUUGGACAUAAUUUUUUUUCUUAUGAUGCGUGUGCUUUACCCACAGAAUAGUGACCGGUGACCCCUAAAAACUUAUCUAAGAAAAAAAUAUAGGUUUGUUUUUAAGGUGAUAGAAGCGCAUGGCGGUCUGACGCAGUAAUUCAAAAAUAAGAAGCACCCUAAUAUAAGUAUUACAAAUUUAAAUACAUAAGUGAUCAGUAUGGAUUUUUUAAUAUCAAAUUGAUAAUUUGUGUCAAACAAAUAUAAUAUCUGUUUAUUUGAAUGCAAUUAUUUAAUCACAGAAUGUAAUGAGUAAAGCUCCAAUCUAAAAGGUAUUUCCUAACGUGAGUAAUAAUCAGCUGGUCUGUUAUAUAAAAAGGAUAAAUUUAUUAUUAUUAAAUUAAUGUUACUGUCACUUAUGUUUCAAAUGUUCUUGUAGGUGAUAUGGAUAUAAUCUUGCCUAAUAUAUUGCCUUAUAUUCCUCUAGAAUGGGAUGGUUUUUAAUUUAAUAUUAUUCUUUCAAAAACAUUGUGAUAAGUGAUUGAUUACAAGACUGUAUUGUGAUAUUUGGUGGAGGAAAUGUUAGAAUAAUUUAUUUUCCCUCUAUAUAAUCUAAUAAAGGUAUUUUGGUGGCCAA